AUGGAACACCCGGGCGGGUUUGCGUCGUCGCCCUGGGCCGCCAUGCUGGGGCAUGGCAUGCAUGGAAUGAUGCAGCAUGAAUAUGCCCACGGCCAUGCACAUACGUCUAUGCCGAUGGACCUCCAUGUUCCCCAGGCAUUUCCUUAUUAUCGAUAUCUUGGUGAACUACGCGAUGUAACUUAUGCUGUUGAGCAAAAACGAUUCGUCGGGACGUCUCCAGCUAAUAACGAACCAUAUCGGCCGGACCAGGUUUUUGUUCAAUACAAUCGGAUAACCUCGGCCCGUAAUAGACAUUAA